AUGCCGCCGACUGCGACUGUACUGGGACAUCCCGAAGCCCUUGACAAUGACUUCGACGAGAUCGAGGUGUCGGUGCCGUCGGAAAGGUCCAGCUCUUUAUCAGACCAGGACGGAGGGGAACGUCUGACCCACCCAGACUCUCCAGAGUGGAUAGCUGGCAUUGCUGACAUCAUCUCAAGAAUGGAGCCCGUGAGGCCCGAUGUCGUCCGGGCAACUCGUGUCCAGAAUGUACUUCACAAGCUGGGCAGGCCGCUGAGAACUCGUGGUGAUUUCUAUCAUCUGAGCCAGACCGCAACUCGUUUGCACGCAUUCUGGUCCCACAGCUGGCACGGUUCUGUUUCAGGAAAAGUUGCCACUUUGUUCUUCCUCAACAAAGCCGGGGCAGCCGCCGUAGCAGGCACAGGAGCAGCAGUUGCUGCGUGCCUCGCUUAUGGAUUCGGUGUGCUUCCCGACGAUCACGGGAACAGCUGGUGGUGCUUGAGCGCUGGAUGCCUCGCGUAUUUGCUGACAAUGCUACUUUGGCGGCCCCGGCAAUUGGUGUUUGUCGACCGUGUCUGCAUCUCUCAGUUGAAUCCUGAACUCCAAGCACAGGGCACCCUCAGCUUAGGGGCCAUACUUAAAUGCUCCGAUACCAUGCUGGUGCUUUGGGAUCCAACUUGGGCUCGCCGCCUAUGGUGUGUGUACGAGCUUGCCGCCUUCAUUCGCAGCAGGCCCCCAGGCGAGAAGCCAUGCGUCAUCAUCCGACCGACCCUGCUGGGAUUACUCAUGUUUGCAUGCUGGUUUGCGUCUGCACUUGGAGGUUUCGCCUUCCACUUCGUUAACUACACCCUUAGCAUAAUUUUUGGUAUGUAUUUGGGGAUUGCUUGCUGUGGAUUGAUUUUCUGGUACAUUGCGCACCUCGCCCGUGAGUACUGCCGUGAUGUGACCACGAUGUGCCAGCAUAUGGCACACUUCCGUGUUGCAACGGCUGAAAGCUUCUGCUGCUCUGUAGAGCACAGAAAUCCCCGUAGCAAAGAGCCUAUGAUGUGCGACCGAGAGGUGAUGCAGAGAUGCAUCAACAUUUGGUUUGGUGGCAUCGAAGCUUUUGAACAGCAAGUCCAAGGCGACUUAUACAACUUGCUGGUGGAUCAGCUUUCCAAUCACAUGGUGUCAUACUGGCGUUUAGCCGAGGCUUCUCCGGUAUUCCUUUGGUUUCAUCUUGACAUUGCGGCUAACCAGCUGUGGCAUUUUAAGGCAACCUAUCAGCUUCUCUUGGGCCUGUCUUACUGGCUCGGGCUGGUUCCCAUCCUCGUCCGCGUCAUGUUUCGCCUGGCAUGGGCUAUGCAGACAAAGUGUGCCUGGCGACUGCUGGACUAUGUUAAGUCCUUGCUCCUCCUACUGCCAGGGGUCUUCAUCUUCGGUGCCUUCCUCUUUCUCCAUUCCUUCCUUUCCGGGCACCUUCCACAUGAUUUAGGUUCCGUCGGCAUCUCACUUAUAACGAUUCCUCUCGCAGCCUUGGUUUGGCGAAACCUGCCAGCCAUGCUGGAGCUGGAUCGCCAGAUGGACGCAUCCAAAGAGGUCGCUUGGCCCACGCCUUCAAGUCCUCAGAAACUGGGAUGA